AUGGCGUGGGAUGACUGCCCAGUGCUGGCAAAGCUUGGACCUGCUGCGCGGCGCCGGCUUUCGGCCAAGACGACUCACGGCGCCGCCCCUCACUCCCUCGCGCGCGGCCGGCCGGCUGGGGCAGGCAUGGGGGAGUACGACACCAUCACCCUGGAGAGCCUGGUGAAGAUGAAGCGGGUGUUUGAGGAGGCCGACGAGGACGGCAGCGGGGAGCUGGAGCCAGAAGAGUUCGCUGAGCGUCUCGGGCCCUACCUGGGUGCUGGCCUGAGCCGCACGCAGCUGGCCCAACUCUUCAUGCGCAUCGAUGCAGACUGCGGCGGCACCAUCGACUGGGAGGAGUUCACCAACUACUUCUUCCUGCAGCGCGCCGCCACGGGCGGCGCCGACGGCGGCGCCGACUGGCGCCUGCACGCGCAGGCGAGGCGCCGGCGGCGAGGGGCGAGCAUGCAGGGCGAGUGGCGGGGGUCGAGCCACAAGGAGGCCGUGGAGCGGGCCUACUGCAGCCCCGCACUAGACCAGUACAUCACUGGAGGGCGCAGCGGCCAGCUCAGGGUAUGGAGUGCCGAGGGCCUGGCUCCACUGCAGUCCAUCGCCAACGGCGGUGGCUGGGUCACAGACUGCACGCUCUUGGAGGGGCAUGCAGUGAAGAAGCUGGCGGUGGCGGCGCAGGAUCGCACGAUCACGUUUUACGAUGCGGUACGGUCUGGGUACGAGUACAGCGGGCGCCUGACAUGCCCCGGAAGCCUGGGCCCGCCGCUGUGCCUGGCUCCUCUGGAGCGGGAUCGGGGGCGGGGGCCGGGAGGGGCGGGCACGCCACGCCUGGUGUGGGGCGACACAGAGGGCGCUGUGAUGCUGCUCAGGUGCGACCCGCCGCUGCUGCCCACCCCUCGCCAGCUGGCGGCCAAGAAGGACUACGAGGUGCUGCAUGCCGGCCACACCGACUGGGUCACACGCCUGCAGCACAUCCCAGGCGUGGGCCUGAUCAGCAGUUCCCUGGACGCCACGCUGUGCAUGCUGGACCUGGAGCGAGGCAAGCUGGCCGCCCGCGUGGCGCUGCACCGCAAGGGCGUGCGCACCUUUGGCUACAGCCCCGCCUUCUCGCUGGUGGCCAGCGGGGGCGUGGAGCGCAGCGUGCUGCUGUGGCAGCCCAAGGGCAACGUGACGCGGGCGGUGGGGGAGCUGCCGGGGCACUCGGCGGGGGUCAUCACCCUGAGCGACGACCAUGUGGUGAGACUGUGGGACCUACGCAACCACAAGUGCGUGCAGACCAUCGGCAGCACAGACUGGCUGCGCCCCGAGGACAGCCGCCCCACCGCCCUGUGUCACGACAGCAGGCGCCGCCGCCUGGUCUGCGCCUCCCACCGCCCCGCGGUGUGGAGCCACCUGCCCGUGGAGGCUGAGCGCCUGCACGACUCCCGCCUGGUGGGCGCCCUCUACAACGCAACCUUCAGCGUGGUGGUCAGCGGCGACGAGGGCGGUACCAUCUGCCUGUGGAACCUGCAGAACGGGCGCCGCGAGGGCGGCUUCUCGCUGCACGCCCGCCCGGCCUCAUCCGGCGCCGCCGCGGGCGCCGCCCGCCCGCAGCACAAGCUGACGGCCAUGGGCUUUGACGCCAACCAGCGCCGCCUGCUGACGGCCAGCGACCGCGGCGAGGUUCGGGUGUGGAACUUCAACAGCGGCGCUGUGCUGCGGCAGUUCCUGCACCGCGAGGGCUGUGCCGAGAUCACGGCGGUGGCGUUUGCGCACCGGCAGGGGCCGGCGGGGAGCGGCGGGGAGGCGGAGGAGGAGGGGCAGGCGGGUGGAGGGGAGGCGGAAGGCCAGGGUGGCGGCGCAGCUGGAGGUGGCGCAGCUGGUGCUAUCAUGCUGGGUGGCGGCAGCGGUGUGGGGCAAGCCAUGGGGGCGCCAGCUGAUUCAUCAGACCGGGAGUCGGACAUGUCGGAGCACGCCCUGCUCAGCAUGCAGCAGCAGCAGGCUCAGCAGACCCAGCGCGCCAGCCAGCAGCACGCCGCCGCCCGGCCCGCAUCUGCCGGCCCCCCCGGCACCGGCGCCGGCACCAGCGGAGGGACCAGCGGCGGCGGCAGCGGCAACCUUGUGCUGGCCACCGGGUGGAGCCGCAGCCUGUGUGUGUGGGAGGAAGGGGAGGAGGCAUGCUGCUCACAGUACCAGCGGCUGACGGGGCACGCGGCAGACGUGCUCAGCCUGGCGCUCCUGAGCGCCGACAUCGCGGCCACAGGGGACUUUGAAGGGGAGGUGCGGGUGUGGCACCUGCCCACCGCCACCUGCCUGGCGGCCUGCAGCUACGGCGGCCAGCAGUUUGAGCGCGCGGUGCGCCAGCUGUGCUGGCUGCCCGCGGCAGAGGCCGGCUGCUCGCCGCUGCUGCUGGCGUGCGGGGAGGAUGGCGGCCUGCAGGUCUGGCAGGUGUGCCUGCCCCCAGACCUGGCAGCCAGCCCCGCAUCCGCCGCAGAAGCUGCACCCGCGGGCGACGGCAGCAGGCCUGGUAUGGCAGGCAGCUCCGGCCACGGCACAGGCAGCCAGGCAUCCUGCCGCCUGGUUGCCCGCAUCACCGCCGUGCACCGACCGCAGGACUGCGUCACAGCGCUGUGCGCCGAGCUGGAACGGCGGCGGGUGUGGACCGGCGACAGCUCCGGCCACGUGGCGGCCUGGGACGUGUCUGCCCUGUGCGGCGCAGCGGCGGCGCCGGAUGGCGGCGCCGCGGCGGGCGAGCCGAGCCCGGAUGCCCUGCCUCGGCGGCUGGCUCACUGGCGCGCCGCAGACACGCAGGUGGUCAGCCUGAGCUGGAUGGCGGCGGGGCACGGCUUGCUGCUGGUGGGGGCCCAGGACGCCGCCAUCGGCAUCUGGACUCGGCAGGGCGGCCUGGUGGGCCUGUUUGGCCAGCACAGCUGGGACCUGGAGGAUCGGCGCACCUGGCAGGACCCCGAGGCGGUCAGGGUGCCGCCGCCGCUGGCGGCAGACGGCAGCGGCACGGGGCUCACCCCUCGCGACAUCAUCGCCCACAUCCCCCGCCGCACCAGCUGGCUGCAGCCGCAGAGCGGGCGCCGCGGGUCGGUGGCGGCGCGCGCGGGCGGCGGCGGCAGCCGCCCAGCCACGCCUGGCAGCCUGGCGUCCAGCGGGGCCGCUGGGGAGCUUGCUGAGGCCCUUGCCAGCAUUGCCAGGGUGCAGCCGGCGGCGAGGGAGGGCGGCGCUGCGGCAGGGCCCAGCGGCGGUGCCAGCGGCGGCAGCGGCGGCACUCCCGAGGCAGACCUGGCAGCUCCCCCGCACAGCAGCCGAGACGCACCGACCGCAGGAGCCGCGGAGCGCGGGCAGGGGCCUUGGCCGGCAGCGGGUGUGGAGGAGGGACAUGGGCUGCAGUAUUGCCUGUCGCCGCGCUCCGCUGGCGCGCGCCUGGCAGCGAUGGCGGCCCAGGCGGCCGCCUCCAAGGCCGAGUGCUGGAGCAUCCCUGUCCACGUGCAGGCGCACUCGGCGCUGCCCUUGCAGCGCAUAGCAGCCGUCCCGCGCCCCAGCACGGCAGGCGCUCGGCUGGGCCAAGGGAAGGGGAGCGGCGGCGCGGCAAGUCGUGCCGCCAGCCCCAACCCGCCGCGUGGCCACAGGGGAAGCGGCGCCACCCCAUCCAUCGCCGCCAUCAUGAGCAGGGCGCCUACCGCCAUGGGGCGGCGCGCCACGCAGCCGCAUCAUGGCAGCGGCGCGGCGCCAGCGCGCCACCCUGGCGGCGGUGCCAGCUGA